AACCCUGGUGUCCGCGCACGAGAGCAGUGAUGGCGCUGGAGCGCUGCAUCGCCGCGUUCUUAUUAGCAGAUGAGUUAGACGCCGAGGAUCACGCGCACUUCACAACUCGUUUUAAAGCACGAGGAUUUGGAGAUGAUGAUGAUGAUGAUGAUGAAAGUGAUGAUGAAGAAGACAAAAGGAACUUCUUUAGUGCUACAGUUCCCUCUCUCUCUGUUCUGGAUUUCCAGAAAUGCUUCCAGCUCACACAACCCCAAGUGGAAGAGCUGGUAAACUUCUUGUCACCUUGCGACUGGAUGACGCGUCGUCUCGAAGGCUGGACGGUGACGCAUGCGGUUCUGGCCAGUUUGUGGACUCUUUCUACUCAGGAGUCUCACAGCAGCAUCGCAGCUCGUUUUCACACCAGCGAAUCUCUAAUUCAGCUUCAGCUCGACGAUUUCUGCACCUUGAUCACGAAAAACUUUGCCGAUCAAAUUCGUUGGCCUAAGUGGAAAGAAGCUGAAGCAUCCGUAGCAGGCUUUUUAACAGACAUCGGGCUUCCUGGGACCGUAUGUGUACUCGGUUCCUGCUCCAUUCCCAUUGACAGGCCUGCUGACGUCCCUGAUCCAGAAGCAUAUUGGGUCGAUAACACGUAUGCUGUAACUCUUUUGGUGUUCUGUAACCAUCAGGGCUGCUUCACUUGUGUAAACGCCGAGCACCCAGGAAAGUGGCAUAAUUCCCGAGUGCUUCAAGAGACCGAACUCGGAAAAGCAUUGCAGGAGGAUCCUUUAAACCUUCUACACGGCAGGCACGUCAUCGGUGACGUCACGUUUCCGCUGUCGGAACAUCUUCUCACUCCGUUUCCAGAUUACGGGAUGCUAGGAGAGAAGAAGCUGCGGUACAAUUUAAGAGUGCAGGCGGCUCUCCGGGUGGUGCGAGGAUCCCUGAGCAGUCUGAGGUGCAGGUUUCAAAGACUGACGUGUCUGCAAAUGGGUUCUGUACGACGAACUAGUCUGGCUGUGAGGACUUGCUGUAUCUUAUACAACAUGUAUUUAGAGACUGAGAACGCUGCCUUGGCUGACAGUGUAGAGGAGCAGGCAUGUCUUCAGGCGCCUUUCCACGAACUCCCCAACGGGCACUCGGGCAGUCUCGGGGGAAUUUCAAAAAGACAGGAUAUCGCCGCUUCACUGGGGCGCAAGAGUAAGAAAAAGAUGAUGAAAUGAUGGAAAGAGAAAGCUUUAAGACAUUAUGGUUCCUUUAAAUGAAUAUGUUUUAGAUAACACGUGGCAUCUUUUGUCAGUUUGUCGCUUUGGUUAAGAGGAGAGUCUAAUCAGACUGGAUUGAACUGGUUUUUAACUCAUCACUCUGUGCAUCACCAUGGUGAGCAGAAAUGCAAUGCAGCAGCGUAAAACAUGGCAUAAAAAUCUUCAUCUAGAUAAUUGGGUGAUGUUUCUGCAGCAUCACUCCAAAAAAAAAAAAAAAACAUGUUUGUUUCCAUUUUGGAUGUUUUGCAUUGUUCUUAUUUUUAUAAAACAAAUUUUUUUGUUGUUGUUUUAAUUUCCCAUUAAAAAAAAUGCUAUUGACUUUUUCUUCAACCUUUAAUUUAUAAAUGCUGCAAACCAAUUGCAGGCAUCUUCAUACACUGCCUGGCCAAAAAAUAAAGUCAUCAUUUCUGUAGGGUAAAAUUAUUGGCUGCAUCAAGCAAAAAAGGCAAGAAGACUUGAAAAUCCUGGAACUGGACUAAAAAUCCUUCAAUACAUUAUCAAAACCUGGAAGGGUGGUACUGAACCAUCAACUAUGUGGAAGAAAUGUGGUUGGGAAAAAAAUCAUGAAUGAAGAUCACUUAAAGGCUUGGUGAGGUUGCAUGGUAAAGAAAAAAGAAGUAAAAACUAUAUGUUUAAUAGUGAUAGUAAGAGCAUUUCUGUACACACGGUGGGAUUGUGACUAAACAGCUGUGUGGCUGUAAAAAAAACACUUGUUAGUGAGACUAAUCAGAAAAAAAGGCUUCAAUUUGUUAGGAAGCAUAAAGAUUAGACUUUAUAGCAAUGGAAAAAGAGCAUGUGUCCAGAUGGACAAUAUUUCAGAGCGAUGCACUCAUGUAUAGUGCCCAUAGUGUUGUGACCUUGUGUUGCUUCAGUCGUCAGCUUUAGACUUCUUCAAUGUUAUGUGGCAAUAAUGUCAAGUCAGCUGAUGACCUAAAUGUACUGAAUGACCAGAGUAUCACCACUAUGGAGUUUUUUUUUUUUCCCCCUGAUGGCACGGGUAUGUUUCAGGAGAUAAUAAAUUAAAAGAGUGUUCCUGGGAGCAUGAGGAAUCAUUUUCACACAUAAAUUGGCCACAAAAUUGUGUGCAGUAAUCAAAGCUAAAGGUGAUUAAUUGAAAUCGUUGAGGGUGUGAUUUUAUUUAUUUUUUGACCAGACAGUGUAUAAAGGAACUUAAUGCAUACUGUAUAUGUUGAUAAUGCUGUGAUAUUGGAAAUAAAGUCACUGUAAAACUAAACCAAGACAAAAU